AUGGCAACCGAACGGCGUCAUAGAGUAACAACUUCUACAAUCACACAAGAUAAUGGUUCACGAAUUCAACCACAAGACUUUAGCAGUGCUGUUCAUAUGAUUGGAAAUGGAGUCAGAGAAACAGUAAAAUUAACAACUGCUGCUAUUCUAGAAUUUCAAGGUGCAGUGAAAGUCAUAUUACCACAAUUAAGUACUGAACAUCAAAAGCAAAUUUAUGAAGUAUUCAACAACUAUAAUAAAUUAUUGAUAAAAAAUCAAAAAUUUUUAACAAGAUCAUUGAUAUUAGCUUCUCGAGCUCAAACAUCAAAGGAAUUAAUGGAAUCAAUCAAUAUCAAAAUAAUAGAAGAAAUGAUUGAAACUGUUCAAGAAUUAUUACAAAGAUUUUUUGAACUCAAUCCAAUCCUCGAAGAAAAAUUAAAAGAUCAACGAGCACUAAAACAAUGGAGAAAUAUUUUUGGUAUGAUGGCAGGCUUUACAACAACUUUGAGAGUAUAUUUGACAACAGCAGGAUCAAUAACUAUUGCAUCAUUAAUGGCAACAAGUGUAAUGCAUGUAGCACAACAUGCAUCGGAGUUAGAUCUGAUUAUGAAGAAUUUGAAAGAAAUUCGUAAAGGAUUAAUACAACUUGGUCAAAACUAUUCAAAAAUGCAAGAAACGAUUCAAUUAUUAUUGGAUUCAGAUACAACAAAACAAGAUUUCAUUAAACUUCUCAAAGAAACACAAACAAUAGUUGAUCAAGGUUUUCAACUUUUAAAAGAGUUAUAA